AUGUCCGACGCGCCUGAAGGAACGCUCCCCGUGCCCCCUGCGACUGUCGCCAAGCUGACGGCGCAGGAGAAGUUCACCCUCAUCACGGAGCGCCUCUCAGAGGUGCUCGGCGCCGAGCAGCUCCGCGCCCUCCUCGACGAACGCGACCUCACCGCGUACUGGGGCACGGCACCGACGGGCAGGCCCCAUCUCGGUUACUUCGUUCCGCUCAGCAAGCUUGCCGACUUUGUCACCGCCGGCGUCGAGGUCAAGGUCCUGCUCGCCGACGUCCACGCCUUCCUCGACAACCUCAAGGCGCCGAUCGAGCUCGUCGAGGCGCGCGUCGACUACUACCGCCGCCUCAUCAUCGCCGUCUUCCGCUCGCUCAACCUGCCGCUCGACAAGCUCAAGUUCGUCGUCGGCUCCUCGUACCAGUACGACGCCAAGUACAACCUCGACAAGUACAAGCUGGCGGCCAUCACGUCCGAGCACGAUGCGCGCAAGGCCGGCGCCGAGGUUGUCAAGCAGGUCUCGUCGCCGCUCCUGUCGGGCCUCCUGUACCCGCUCCUCCAGGCGCUCGACGAGGAGUACCUCGGCGUCGACUUUCAGUUUGGCGGCGUCGACCAGCGCAAGAUCUUUACGUACGCCGAGCAGUACCUGCCCAAGAUUGGCUACAAGAAGCGCUCGCACCUCAUGAACUCGAUGGUGCCCGGCCUGUCGGGCGGCAAGAUGUCGUCGUCCGACCCCAACUCGAAGAUCGACUUCCUCGACGGCCCCGCAGCGGUCAAGAGCAAGAUCGGCAAGGCGCACUGCGCGCCGGGCGAGGUCGAGGGCAACGGCGUCCUCGCCUUUAUCCGCCACGUCGUCGUCCCGAUCGGCGACCUGUUCCAGGGCCAAGGUCGCGCCUCGGCCCGCGCAUGGGUCCACGCCGACGCGCCGAGCGACGCCGUCUUUACCGUCGAGGGCAACCCCAAGUUUGGCGGCAGCGUCGCCCACUUCCGCACGGUCGACGAGCUCGACGCGGCGUACGCCGCCGGGCAGGUGCACCCGGGCGACCUCAAGACGGCCGCCAUCAACGCCAUCAACGCCCUCCUCGCGCCGAUCCAGGCCGAGUUUGCCGCGAGCGCCGAGUUCCAGCAGGCCGAGGCGCGGGCCUACCCGCCCGAGGUCAAGCAGGUCAAGGUCAAGGCCAAGAAGGCCUACACGCCCAAGCCCGAGCACCUCAAGACGGCCGAGGAGAAGGCGCGCGACGCGGCGGCGGCGGCGGCCGACGGCGCAAAGGGCGUCGUCCGGACCGGGCUCGACGAGGCCGAGAAGCUGCGUGCGGCCGUCGUCGACACGCUCUCGGCGUGAGCUCGCACGAGCACCUCUCUCCCUUUUCUUCCCUCUCUUGUGCUGUACAGUCUCCCCGCAUCGUCCUUGCCCCCUCUGCAACUCAGUAGAGCUUUCCUUGUG